UUUAAAUAUAAUUAACAUAUGGAUCAGAGUAUGUUUGAAUAAUUUGGAGGCGAUGGUUAGAUAUCAGAUUUGAUUGAUCAAUUUUAUUAUAAGGUUUUAUUCGAUCAAAGUUUGAGAAGCAUGUUUUUAAAGGCUGACAUGACUAGAGUGAGAUUAUAAUAAAAGACUUUUUUUGCUUAAAUGUUCGGUUGUAUUCAUACAAAAUACAGUGGGAAGUAUAUUUAGUAAUGAAUAUACAGAGAUCUAGUAGAAGUACAUAAGAAUUUGAACAUAAGUGAUCAAUAAUUUGAUAGAUUCUUACAUCAUCUGAAAAGUAUUUUAAGUGACAUGAACAAAUCCGAGGAGUUGAUUGAUUAAAUAUUGAAGAAAGUAGAUAGUCAUCGACAUUUGAUUGUGUUUAAAUGA